UCUACCAGAGGGCAAGGAGCAGAAGGCGAGCUUGAGUGUCCGGUUACCAGUGCGUUGACAGAGUUCGAAGCGGUGGUGGGUUCCAGCAAGUGAGUGCAGGAGUUCGGUCGAAUAGCAGCAGUGUUGAUCGGCUUCAGUUGAGUACUUGUACAGCAGCGAGCAGAAUCAACGACAAAGAUUCCUCUUCAAAGCACCAUCUAUCAUUCUCGGUCUUCGAGUCUUUGAUCUAUUAUCUUCGGCGACAACCGUCCGAGACAUAGAGCAAACUACUGACAAGAACCUCGAACCUAGCACAAGAACCGUUAGCGUCGAGCCAGAUCGCUCUGCAUUGGAUUGGUUGAUCGGGUCAUCAGCAGAACCUGGAUACCAACCAAGCCACAUUGCUCCACCCAACAGCUACACUACCUCUGCACUCAGCAGCUUGAUUUCUCACGGUGCUCACCGUUCGCUGACGUGUGACGCUGGAGGAGGUAAAGUCUACCCCAGCAGGGAACUACGAAAAGCCGACGGUCACAGCCCGGAAAAGUCCCCCCCCCGUUCAUAUCCACCAUGCGAGCCACGCCGGUCUUUUCGGCCGUAGCGCUAGCCUCCUCCUGCCGGGGGGGCGUCGUCACUGCCGCCUCCACGAGCCCCACAGCCCUCGCAGCGGGGACGUUGCACCGCAGGCCAGUCCCGUCUUCUUCCGCCGGCGCCGCUCCUCGAGAGCACCACCGGUCAUCGCGAAGAAGAGGAGGAACAGGAGAGCAGCGGGAGCUGGGAAGUGGCGGCAGCGGAAGCGGGAGCGGCGGAGGGCGGAGCGCCCUCCUCUUUCAGUGCUUGUCGUCCUCCUUCGUGAUGAGAGGUCUGACCCAAGCGCCGCCGAGGAGAGGUGUCCGCUCGAUCUAUUCGACCAGCGCCGGCGUAAGCUCGGCGGGGAGUAGUACGGUGCGCCGGCGAGGCAGCGCAGGCCGUCGAGUCCGCCCAGCGGCGACGAAGAUGGCGAACUCUUCUCCGGUGACGGACAAGGAAAUCAUGAGGGAGUUCGUAUCGGUGGCGGCCUCGGAAGCGAGUUCGGCUGUCAAGAACAAACCUCCCUCGGCGGUCUUGGGGGGGAACAAGCAGCACAACGGGGAUGCUGCGAGGGGGGUGACGGCGGAGGCGGCGGAAGGAGAAGGGGGCGGGGGUGACAAGGCUCGCCCGACCGGAUACAUGUACGGCGACGUGCUCACGGACGCGGAUGGUCUUCCACUGGUGUACGACAGUGACUCCAUCGGCCGGUACUGGGACAAGCGGCCAGGGGAGCUGAACAGCCGAUGGAGCAAGUUCUUGUCGGUGACAGUGCCCUUCGUGACGAGGGUCGUGAGGGACUACACCUCCGGUAACAUCAUGAAGAACGAGGCUGUGCUGGCGCGAGACCUCCGCAUCGUCAUCGAGAAGCUGGGUCCGACGUUCAUCAAGCUGGGACAGGCGCUUUCCAUCCGCCCCGAUGUCAUCGGGCCCGCGGCCACAGACGAGCUAGCCAAGCUGCAGGACGCGGUGCCCCCCUUCCCGACCCCACUGGCGAUGGAGGUGCUGGAACAGGAGCUGGGCAGGCCCCCCUCUGAGGUGUUCAGCGAGAUCAGCGAGGAGCCCAUCGCCGCGGCCUCACUGGCGCAGGUGUACAGAGGAGUUCUGCGUUCCGAUGGCAGAGCGGUGGCCAUAAAGAUACAGAGGCCGGGCCUGGUGCAGGAGGUGACCAAGGACCUCUACGUGCUCAAGAGGGCGGUCGGGGUGUACCAGAACCUUUCCAACAGGUGGACGGCCCAGAUGACGGACUACAACGAGCUGCUUCGAGUGUGGGCCACGGGUUUCUACCAGGAGCUUGACUUCUUGAACGAGGCCAACAAUCAGAUAAGGAUGAAGAAGGUGCUGUCGGGCAUGAAGGGGCAGGUCUUCGUCCCCAACGUGGUGUUGGACCUGUCCACUAGGAGGGUUCUCGUCAGCGAGUGGGUCGACGGCGUCAAGCUAACCAAGGCCGAUCCCAGCGAGAUCCGUGAGUUGACCAGCAUCGCGCAGGAGGCGUUCUUGGUGCAGCUGCUUGGGGAGGGUUUCAUGCAUUGCGACCCUCAUCCGGGAAACAUGCUCCUCGUGGACGAAAGCAUGCGAGACGAGCGGGGUAGGCUGGCCCUCCUGGACUACGGGCUCAUGGCGGAGCUCGGAUCAAAAGAGAGGGAAGGCAUGGUUAGCGCCCUGAUCCACACCGCCAACAGGGACUACAAGUCCCUCAUCGAGGACCUGGUGGCCUUGGACGUGCUCCCGGCCGACACCGACCGAGGACAGGUGGAGCCCGUGAUGAAGCGGGUGAUCGGUCCUUACGUGUUCGAGGGGGGCGGCGCGAAGAGCCUCAACUACCAGAGCCUGGCGAGGGACCUGGGUAGGGCGACUCUCGAAAUCCCCUUCAACAUCCCGCCCUACUUUGCGCUCAUCGCGAGGGCGUUGGGGAUUCUCGAAGGUGUGGCGCUGACGGGAGACCCUGACUACCGCAUCGUGAUGGAGGCGUACCCUUUCGUUACCCGCAAGAUCAUCUCCGACGACUCUCCGGCCCUGCAGAGGGCCCUGAGGGACAUUCUGUACAGCGAGGACGGCAAGUUCCUGGCGAAGCGGCUGUCGGUCCUCCUGAGCUACGCCACCGGCGUCGUCGCCGCAGACUCGGCCGUGUUCGUGGACUUCGACACGCUGCCCUCCACCGCCGCCUCCCUGAGCCAGACGCUGCAGUUCUUGCUCGCGGAGGAGGCCCGGCCGCUCAGGGCGGCUCUCGUGGGAGAGGCGUCGAACGCGGCCGACCUGGUGCUGAGGAGGGGCACGAGGCAGGCCGUGGUGAGGGCCAAGGACCUCCUCCGCCCGCCCCCGCCCCCUCUCCCGUUCCUACCACGGCUCCCUUCGCUGCCGUUCCCGGUGCCGGAGUCUGUGGUCGACGCCCUCAGCCCCAAGCUCACGGUGGAAGAGGAUAUUUUCCUCGCGAGCCUUGAAGAGUUAGCGUACGCGUUGGCGGGGAUCGAGCAGGGGACGGUAAGCGACAAUCCCCUGGCGACGAUACGACAGCUCCUGCAGGCGGGAAGCGACGGAAGCGGCGGCGCGGGGGAACUGGUGGAAUUCGUGCGAACGCUUCCGGGGGACUCCGAAAAGACGGAGGCAAUUUUUGAUGUUGGGUCGGAGGUCGUGCAGAACCUGGCUGAUAGAGCCAGCAAGAGAUUCAACGGCCUGCUGUCUGGUGCCAGCGGCGGCGGCGGCGGCGGCAGCGACGCUGGGCGAUGAUGCCGGAGCCGCUUUGGGGUUUGAGGACACGCCUACCCCCCACCCCCCGUCCUCGACUAGCCUUACUAAAUUGUACAAGACGUUUGGGGUAUAUGUAUUGCCCGCGAGGCCUCGGUAGGGGAGAGGCAACCUGGAUCAUGGCACGGCUGCUGUAGCUUUCAAGAUUACCAUCAAGCGUCCGUCCCAUUCGUUUCUUGGAAGUCGGGACGGGGCUUGCCCUGUUUUUGGAGGACUAUUUAGGCUGUGGCGGCUGCGGUACGCGACCGGCAUGCGGGCGUCCCGGCGAGCCGCAUCUAGAGGCAUUCCGGCGAACGCCAAUAACGGGACGGAGCCGGCAGAAAGCCCCCAAAAGUUUGGGGGUGGUGGAAUAUGUACGGAGCCAAUAGGCGGCAAUAAAAAAAUAAAUAAACCGGGAACGGGUGUGUUGUGCAUAACAUUUUCGGCUCUGUCACACAUUUAUGCCUCCCCAUUUUGGCGAAUUCGAUUUAAAGUGCGACAUGUUCUGUGUUUCGUCGUGUGCUUCCCGGAAUGUUGCACGUGUCAAUAGAUUCGAGAGGCUGGGUUGUACAUCUUCGUGAGAUCGCUUUUCAGCGGGCUCGCUUGCUGUGAAUAGCUGAAGGUGGGUUGGGGUAGGAAAGGGGAACUGCUGCACCAAAGAAGACAGGUGCAGGGCAUCAGGAUGUUUCUGCUUGGUUCUCGGCGGUUUCGAAUAGGACUGCGUGCUAUUUUUGUCACCCUGUGUGUGAAGUACUUGCUACUCUUACCUCAGGGCGAUUUACAACCGUGGACUGACAACAAUUGUAGCAUAGACGAAGGGCAUCGGGGCUACUUCCCCUGUUACACUGGCUAAUGCUUCUUUCUUUUGCCUCGCACUCUUGUGAUGUUUCCGUACAAGUAGCUGAAACCAAUCCUAUUCGGAUUGGAAUUCUACGCCUUGAUGGUGGCCAUCAAAGAAAACUAUACCUGCAAGGAGGAGCGGGAACCUCGCUCCGGCUCUCCCAUAGAACGCUCAGAACGCGCGUUAUGCCUCAAACAGAGAGCCCGAAAACGGUAUUUGCUGCUCCAAGUCAGGAAGCGUUCGAAGAGGGAAAUGUACAACCUCGCUUGCGGUCCUCUAUCCGGACGAAGAAGGCCGACACUUGGGUAGGGUCUGGUGUAGAAAUC